AAUUUAUCGCCGCUUGUUUUAUUGCCGGGUCGCCUGAACAUACCACCUCUGUCUCUUUUUCUUUCCAAUAUAAAAACGCCAAGCGCAAUGACCGAGACAGAACAAGAGCAAAAUGAGGCAGUACAGCAGCUGCGCGCUGAAUUAGGCGAUCAGGGAGUCGAAUUGAAAACCGAGUACCUGAUACAAUUCCUGAUUGCUCGAAGCUGGAACAUUAAAGCUGCAAAGGAACAAUUAGAAAAUACACUAGCUUGGCGAAAGGAGAGCAACGUUGACGUCCAUCCAGUGGCCACGUUGGACAAUAAGCUUCCCCUACUAUAUCCAGUGCGCGGAUUUUCAUGUCUACCUGACGGAAACCUAGACGUGCAUCCUAGUGUGUCAGAGGCUGUUUUGCGUAUAUAUCGAUGGAUGGGCGGAAGUUGCUUGCACAAGACGGAUAAUGAUGGCUGUCCAAUUUAUAUUGAGCGGCUGGGUCAUCAUGCGGCCAAGGAAAUCGCCAAAUAUGCAACAAGUGAAGAGGUCUCACAUUAUCACAUUGGCUGUAACGAGUUUCUCCAUCGUGUAAUCAUGAAGGACUGUUCAAAGAAGGCUGGUAAGAUUAUCAAUCGUGAGACAGUCAUUUUCGAUUGUACAGGCAUGGGAUGGCAUCAGUUCCAUAUGCCGGCCCUAUAUUACAUCAGAGCUAUUUCAGAUACAGACCAAAAGUAUUAUCCCGAGACGUUAAACAAGUUGUAUUUGGUGAACGCACCUUCAGCAUUCGUCAUGGUGUGGAAGAUCGUCAAGGGAUGGUUAGACCCUGGUACAAUUGAUAAAAUUCAGAUUUUGGGAAAGGACUAUAAAGAUGUGCUUUUGAAGCAAAUCCCAGCGGAAAACCUUCCAACAUUUUUGGGCGGUGAGUGCACAUGCUCGCAUAUGCCAGGAGGUUGUGUGCCUUCUCAAAUUUUAAAAAAUAUACCUUAUAUGGAACCUAAAGAGUAUAAUCAAAAUGUUCCAACCGCAUACAACACCGAAACAAUGGAAAAGGGAAAAACCGAUGAACUCAUUCGCGGCCCUCUUUUCUUUCAACCAGCCAAAUAAUUGGUAUCAUUUGCAUCGAGUCAGAUAGAAGGAAAUCGUAAUGUUGUUAAUAUACUCAGUUUGUCACAACCGUCCUCCUUGUUCUGUAUGCAGUAUGAUGAGUAAAGGUGUAUAUAAAAAUGCAAAAACGAAAAUGGAGUUAGCAGUUUGUGUUUGAUUGAUUGCUUGCAGAAGAGCGCAUUUUGUGAUCCAG